AUGAGAUCUGCUACCUGGUUUAACAUUCUUUUUCUUUGUGUGUGGUUUAUAAAAUUCUUAAAAGAGCAUCUUCCAGAAAAAUAUUGUCCAAGAAUAGAAGAUAUCGAAGGAAACUGCAAAGAUAAUGGACUGAAAGUGUGUGCGAAGUUUAUGACGUCAACUUAUAAGAUGAAUUAUUUCAAUUGCACCUGUAACAACAUCAACAUGUUACAUAAGAUCAAGCGUUAUUGCGAAUGUCAGUCACUAUGUAGCGACCACCCUCCACCUUCACCGAUCCAUCCUCCACCUGCACCGAUCCACUCUCGUUAAAUAACAUCUCAUUAGUCCUUCCUGAUAACAAAUUAAAGUGAAGUUCUGAUACUUUGUAGUGUGGAGAUCACACACAGAUAAGUUCUGUUAGUCACCAAUCUUUCUUUUGUAAUAAAGUCAUGAGGA